AUGGCAGAGCCCAUCCAGCAGCUGACAAGGAACAACAAUCCCCAGGAGAGACAGGCCAUCCCCUUCACCCUGAUCCAGCGCAAAGAGAAGCUUGGAGAUCUGCUGUACGAAAAACGCCAGUACGGAAAAGCCAAGUGGGCUUGCAUCAAAAUGAAAGAAAAACAGUAUGAACAGAGCAUAUGCCUUGGAUUCAUGAAGCUCAUGAGGUACAUUUGUGAGCAGAACUCCUCAGGCCUGUACUUGGGGAUAACAAUACCCAUCGUGACCGUGGUCCACACAAAUGAAUCUCAGUCGGAGAUAACGCCCUUGGUGACAGUAGCGUACUACCUGCCCGAAGUGCUGCAGGACGAGCCACCUCAUCCUUUUGACUCGGACAUAAUCAUCGAAGAAUGGCCUUCUACUAUUGUGUAUAGUAGGGGCUUCAGAGGAAUUACCAAUGAAGACUCUAUAAUGAGAGAAAUAAACCUGCUGGCGGAAAUUCUGGAGAGUCCCGAGCUGUGUUUGCAGGAUACGUUCAUCAUCGCAGGCUACACAAACCCAGCUGCUGCCAACCGACACAACGAGAUCUGGUUCCUCCAGAGACCAUAG